UGUCCGACAGCUGGAUGGACUAAUUAGAGUCGCAGCAGCGCGGGCCGCGGCCCCCAAUGGGAGGAUUCGAGUGACGUGCGCGCUUUUAAAGGGCCGAGGUCAGCUGACGGCUUACCACCCACCGGUGACCAGUUCGUGGACAGGGAUCGCGGGGAGCGAUGGUGGGGACAGACCCGAGCAGACCCCGGGGACCGCUGAGCUGCUGGGCCGGACGUCGGGGUCAGGGGCUCGCAGCGAUCUUCCUGCUCCUGGUGUCCGCGGCGGGAUCCGAGGCCAGGACAGAGGAUGACUUCAGCCUGGUGCAGCCGCUGGUGACCAUGGAGCAGCUGCUGUGGGUGAGCGGGAAGCAGAUCGGCUCCGUAGACACCUUCCGCAUCCCGCUCAUCACAGCCACCCCUCGGGGCACGCUCCUGGCUUUCGCUGAGGCCAGGAAAAAGUCUGCAUCCGACGAGGGGGCCAAGUUCAUCGCCAUGAGGAGGUCCACGGACCAGGGUAGCACGUGGUCCUCUACAGCCUUCAUCGUAGACGAUGGGGAGGCCUCCGAUGGGCUGAACCUGGGGGCUGUGGUCAACGAUGUAGACACAGGGGUGGUGUUCCUUAUCUACACCCUCUGUGCUCACAAGGUCAACUGCCAGGUGGCCUCUACCAUGUUGGUUUGGAGUAAGGACGACGGCAUUUCCUGGAGCCCACCCCGGAAUCUCUCCGUGGAUAUCGGCACAGAGAUGUUCGCCCCUGGACCCGGCUCUGGCAUUCAGAAACAGCGGGAGCCUGGGAAGGGCCGGCUCAUCGUGUGUGGACACGGGACGCUGGAGCGCGAUGGCGUCUUCUGCCUCCUCAGUGAUGACCACGGGGCCUCGUGGCACUACGGCACCGGAGUGAGCGGCAUUCCCUUCGGCCAGCCCAAACACGAUCACGAUUUCAACCCCGACGAGUGCCAGCCCUACGAGCUUCCAGACGGCUCGGUCAUCAUCAACGCCCGGAACCAGAAUAACUACCACUGCCGCUGCAGGAUCGUCCUCCGCAGCUACGACGCCUGUGACACCCUCAGGCCCCGGGAUGUGACCUUCGACCCCGAGCUCGUGGACCCUGUGGUCGCUGCAGGAGCGCUGGCCACCAGUUCCGGCAUUGUCUUCUUCUCCAAUCCAGCCCAUCCUGAGUUCCGAGUGAACCUGACGCUGCGCUGGAGCUUCAGCAAUGGUACGUCCUGGCAGAAGGAGAGGGUGCAGGUGUGGCCGGGCCCCAGCGGCUACUCGUCCCUGACAGCCCUGGAGAACAGCACGGACGGGAAGAAGCAGCCCCCGCAGCUGUUCGUCCUGUACGAGAAAGGCCUGAACCGGUACACGGAGAGCAUCUCCAUGGUCAAAAUCAGCGUCUACGGCACGCUCUGAGCCACGCGUGCAAGGACACCGCGUCCUGGAGCCUGACUCACAGCGCUCCGGCCUUCGCACAGCUGCCCGAAGCCAGCUCUGCCUCCGAAAACUCUAACCUUUUGCAACUCCUCAUGGACAGGGAAGUCACUCUGCUAUGACUUAACGCCCAGCUUCCUCUCUCAGACAGGAAAUCCCUCCCUCACCAGGAGCUCUUUUCUUCCAGAAUGCUGGGGAUGGCCCCUGUCCAUUCUCUUCCAGGACAACGGAGCUGUUCCUUUCUGGGACAGGAUGGGGUAGGGGCUUCCCCGCGGAGAGGUGAACUGAUGUGAACUCAGGGAAUUGGGAAGGCCCGGCGUCCUAGGCUUUGGAGGCAGGCAGUAGAUGUGACUGCUGACCCUCCCCAGGGCAGAGGGUCCUUUUGGAGCAAGGAGAAGCACACAUACGUGUGCACCUUUGAUUAUUUAUGAAUCAAAAUAUUUGUAACUUAAAAAUUUUAAUGCAGAAAAGGUGUUUGUGGAGUCUGUGGUUCUGUCUGCUCACGCCUUCCCGAUGGCCUCAGGGACACUGGAGAGACAGGAAGGCAGUUCGAAGAGGAACUGGUGUGCUUACUGGGAAACAGAACCCCCUGUCAGGUCCAUCCUCGCUGCUGCUGUGCCCCAGUGUCAGAGUAUUAGGGGAGCUGUUUAUGAUAUUUUAUAUUUCUAAGAUGGGGUGGCAUAGGAAAUAGGGAACAGCUGUGUAAAACCAGACGGGAAGCCCUUGUCAGCCCAGCCUGUGAGGAGGAUGGUCUGUGAGAAAGCAGCAGGCAGGUGCUUUCCACGUGGAAAGGAAAGAGCCUGGAUGGACAGCAAGCGCGCUGGGUGCCUGUGAUCCCGCUGGACUGGCAGUGUAGCUCAUUGGUAGAGCUAGUGUUUGGAAUGCCUAAGGCUCUGGGUUCAGUCCUUGUGUUUAUAGAGAUGACGGCGACAUGUACCGUAGGUCAGAGGGCAGCCUACGGGAGUUGUCUCUCUCCUUCACUCUGUGAGUCCCACGCAAUGACCUCAGGUUGUCAGAAUUGGGGGACAAGCGCCAUCUUGCCAUCUCUGCUUUAAUUUUUUUUAAGAAUAUUAAGGACUGAGGGGUUCAGGUUGCAUUCAUUUCAAUUAGAGGGUCAUUUUUCUUUUGACACUUUUUCUCUAAGAAAUGUUACGAUGAUUUGUUCUGUGUGAUAGAAGUGUAACCCCAGGGUAUGUCAGCAGUGAGGGAGUCUGUGCGUUUUAUUCAGAGCUAUGUACUAGGAGUUGCUACUGCCCAGUGCUAAACACUUCAGCAUGCACAAGACCUCAGUCAGUGCAUGCAUAUGCACACGCACACUGACACACCUGUACACACUGAGGCACUGGUACACAGACACACACACAGGCACACACAUGGACACUGGCACACAUGGACACGUGUACACACACACAAACCAACACACAUAGACACAGACACUGGCACACUUGUACACACUGACACACAGGUACACAGACUCAGUCUGGCACACAAAUACACAGGCACACAUGGACACACGUGUACACAUACACUGACACACUUGUACACACUGAUACACAGGUAUACAGACUCUGGCACACAUAUACACAGGCACACAUAUGCACACUGGCACACAUGGACACACAUGUAUACAUACACUGACAUACUUGUACAUACUGAUACACAGGUAUACAGACUCACUCUGGCACACAUACACAGGCAUACACACAUACACAGAUAUACCGGCACACAUGGACACACGUGUACACAUACACUGACACACACAAAUACAAAUGUUCAGGUUUUCUAAAAAUAAUUAUACACGUGUUUACUUUUAGCCAUUUCAUUUUAAGCAAAAAUCCUGUCAUGUAUCUUAAAGUGGAUCCAAAUGGCCAUCCUCCUACCUCAGUCUCCUGAGGGCUAGGAUAACAGGAGUAUGCCACCACACCUGACUAAUAGACAUUUUCAAAACUGUUUGUUUGAAGGUGGCUCUUACUAUAUCACCCAGCUGGUCUCUGGUUCCUGAUAUCCUCCUGCCUCAGAUCCAAGACUGUCAGUAUAACCCACCCAGACAGGCCAACAACCACAAUUGAUUGCUUAUUUGUGGUUUGACUCAAGGUCUUAUACUGCAGCCCAAGCUGGCCCGGAAUGCACAACGGCUCCAGUGCUUCAGACCCUCAGUUCUAACCAGGCACGGCCCCAUCCACAUUUAACUGUAGAUUUGAUGUUACCAUGUUUUCUUCUUCUUGCCUUUUUUUCUCAUGCUGAGGAGAGGCCUUGUGCUCUCGACUUGGGGAGACACCGGGAGGGCAGCUGCAUGUGCACCCCCAGUUCCAGGGGACCUGACACCCUUCGGCCUCCACAAGUAUCAGACACAUUUGUGGUGUGCAUACAAGCAGGCAAAAUAUUCAGGCACAUAAAAUAAAAAUUUAAAACAAAAGCAAAAAUCAGGACCUAAGAAAAUCUAAUCCUGAUUCUUUUAGGGUUUGGUUGGUUGGUUGGUUGGUUAGUUGGUUUGGUUUUGGUUUUGGGUUUUUUGAGACAGGGUUUCUCUGUGUAGCCCUGGGAGUCGUUUUCUCUGGCUGAGUGUCAGAGGUUCACCACAUUUCUGCUGCACACUGUGUGAUGGCUGCUCACUUGGACUGAAAGUUCUGCUGGUCAGCAAGAUGACCACAGGGUUGAGUCUCAGUGGUUACAUCCUUCCAGUAGUAUACGGCUAUAAUUUCUAAUUUUGAUGUGAACUCAAGCACAUAUUAAAUUACUUGUUUUUCAUUCCAUCUUCCAUUCUUUGACUACCUGUCUCAUGCUAUAGAGCAUCGCAUAAGGAUGACCAUGCUGACCCAUUGGCUCAUGUGGAUUCCCUCUUAGCUUCUCAGUCCCCCAGGAACAUGUGCAGUUCUGUGCUCGAGGGACCAGCUCUGCCUGCAGGUCAGUAGUGCAAUGACAGUCAAAGUGUCAAACAGACACAUAGUUCAGUGUCAUCAUUGAUUUCACUGUGUCUUGUGUGGAUUUCAGUUUGCCUGGUUAAUUGUGGGAUUUUUUUGUUUUGUUUUGUUUUGUUUUUUGAGACAGGGUUUCUCUGUGUAGCCCUGGCUGUCCUGGAACUCACUCUGUAGAGCAGGCUGGCCUCGAACUCUGAGAUCUGCCUUCCUCUGCCUCCCAAGUGCUGGGAUUAAAGGCAUGCACCACCA